UAAAAAAAUGUCAAUUUGUUAUAAAUUUUGGAACUAAUUUGGAAACGUGGAGCAAAACAACUCCUUAGUAACGUGAAUCGUUUUAUUGUACUUUGGAGCUGCAUAACUUGUUGGUUCAAUAAACUUCAAGCAGAAUUGCGUUUUGGUUGGAGUUGUUAAAUACCCGCACUCUUUACUAGGCCAAUUCCUUUGAAAACUUUGUUGAAUAAUUUAAUGGUCGCUCAGUAGUCCUGCGAGUGGCUCGAGAGUUUGAUGUAAGGUAAGAAGAAUGGCAGGCAUUGAUUCGAAAGCACGUGUACAAAAUAGUUUAUCGAACAUUUAUGGCAGAGUUAACACUAAUGGACAUGAGCGUAUAAAAAUCAAUUUCUGUACCGAUUUUGAUAAAUCAGUUUUGGUAAAUAAUUUCGAAAAACGUGGUUGGUCUCAAGUAAGUGCAGAAGAUGAUUGGAAUUUCUAUUGGUCCAGUGUUACCACAUGUCGCAAUGUUUUUAGUGUUGACAGUGGAUACCGUAUGCAUGAUAAUCAAAUGAUUAAUCAUUUUCCUAAUCAUUAUGAAUUAUCACGUAAGGACUUACUGGUUAAAAAUAUCAAAAGAUAUCGUAAAGAUUUAGAACGUGACGGCAAUCCUUUAGCUGAAAAAGGAGAUCACGGUUCAGGUUAUCCUCGAUACCUAUAUUUGGAUUUCAUACCAACAACUUUCGUGCUCCCAGCAGAUUAUAAUAUGUUUGUUGAGGAGUAUCGAAAGAAUCCAUCAAGUACUUGGAUAAUGAAACCUUGUGGCAAAUCACAGGGUACUGGUAUAUUUCUCAUUAAUAAAUUAUCAAAACUAAAAAAAUGGUCACGCGAAUCAAAGGGACCAUUUCAUCCUAUUAACUCCAAAGAAAGCUAUGUUAUAUCUAGAUAUAUUGAUAAUCCAUUAUUGAUUGGUGGAAAAAAAUUUGAUUUACGUUUGUACAUUUUGGUGACAUCAUUUCGUCCUCUAAAAGUGUAUCAAUACAAACUGGGUUUCUGUCGUUUUUGUACUGUCAAAUAUGACACAAGUGUUACCGAACUGGACAAUAUGUACGUGCAUCUGACCAAUGUCAGCGUUCAGAAACAUGGCUGUGAUUAUAAUAGCAUGCAUGGUGGAAAGUGGUCUGUACAAAAUUUAACGCUUUAUCUUGAAAGUACGUGUGGAAAAGAAGUGACAGAUGAACUUUUCGGUAAAAUUACCUGGUUAAUAGUACAUUCUAUGCGCGCUGUAGCGCCAGUCAUGGCUAGCGAUCGUCACUGUUUCGAAUGUUAUGGCAUAGACAUAAUUAUCGAUAACACCUUAAAACCUUGGUUAAUAGAGGUGAAUGCAUCGCCUUCAUUGACAUCGACUACUGUCACUGAUCGCAUACUUAAGUAUAAAUUAAUUGACAACGUUUUGUCAGUGGUACUACCACCUGACGGUUUACCCGAUGUUCGUUGGAAUAAGGUUCCAACUCGAGAAGCUUUAGGAAAUUUUGAGCUACUAUUUGAUGAAGAUUUAGCUGCACAAGAUGACCUACAAAUUUCAGGCCAAGCUAAUAAAGGUCGUGCGUAUGGAAAUCGUUGGAAAUAAAUUUUAGUUUCAUU